AUGGCGGCGGACGCACUCAGCGACAAGAUACUUUUUGAAGCCGCCCAGGUUGCGGUGAAAACGCUGUCCUCCCUGGACGACAGGAACAAAUUGCGUCUAUACGCGCACUACAAGCAAGCAAAGGGAGGCCCAGUGAAGGGCUCCAGACCUGGUGUUUUUGAUCAGGUUGCCAGGGCCAAAUGGGAUGCUUGGUCUACGCUUCAAGACAUGAGCAAACAAGAUGCGAUGCGAGAAUACUGCAAGCUGGCAGAUGAGUUUGUUCCGGGCUGGCGGCAGAAGGUUACAAGCAAAAGUGAGAGCACACCCUUGGCUGCGGCAGAUGCAUCGGGCGCAGCGCCUCUGAGCCCGGCGCAGCCCAGUUCUUCGCAGGCCUGGAUGACCAAUGCUUUCUUAACGAUGUCUGCCUUGCCUGAAAGGCUGCAGCAAAUCUCAUCGUCCUUCUUCCCGCCUUCUGAGUCCUCUUCCGGUGCCCGCCUACACCGUGGUGUCCCGAGAGAGUCGUGCGAUGAGGCCUUGGACAGGUGGGGCUUCGAGGACACCCGCUUCGAAGCAGACCUUUUUGCGGGCCAUCGUGAGGUCUACCUGACCUCAGAGCGAUAUCCCAAGGCCAUUGCGGCGGGCGGCAUGGUGAAUGGACUUUGGUCUUUUUUUGGCCAAAUGCACGGUGGCCUCAAGGGCCACGCGGUGUCUUCCACGGUGGACCAGGUGGAGCUUGUGGAAGCUGAUCCAGAUGCUGUGGCGUUGUUGACCAGGCUCCCCAACAUCAGUUUGGAUUCGAAAGAGAGAUUGCGAAGUGGAACUGGCAGAGGCUUGGGUGGGCUUUGGAGCCUUCGGAAUGGCUGUUCCUUCCUCCGAAUGCCUGAUCUGGUGGUGAAACCACGCCAUGAAGACGAUGUCCUUACAGUGCUGCAGCAAGCAGCCGGACAUUUCAUUGUAAUUCCCGUGGGUGGUCGGACAGGCAUCACUUCUGCCACUACUUGCCCAAGCAUCAGUGAAGACCCAAGACCAGUGGUGUCGCUGGAUUUGCGCAGCAUGGAUAAGCUCUUGUGGGUCCGAGAGGAGGAUCGGCUGGCAUGCGUUGAAGCUGGAAUUACAGGAAGCUCUUUAAAGGAGGCCUUGAAAAGAGAGGGCUACACAAUGGGUAUGGAGCCUGAAUCCAUGGAAUUCUCUACCUUGGGUGGCUGGAUUGCGACGAAGACCAAGAACAUGAAGCACUCCCGCUAUGGAAACAUUGAUGAGAUGCUGGUCGAGGUACGGGUGGCGACCUCCUCAGGCCUUGUGUGGCAGCGAGGAAUGAAAGACAGGCAUGCUUCCUCGACUGGGCGCCGAUCCACCGGCUUAGAAUUGCCAGGCUUGCUGCUGGGAAGCGAAGGUUGCCUUGGAGUCAUCACCGCCGCGGUGGUGCGGAUCCAUCCCCUCCCGGAGGUGCUGGAGUAUGAAUCUCUGGAGUUCACCAGUUGGGAUCUUGGAGUGUCCUUCAUGCGCCAGGUAUCACAGCUGCCACGUGCCCUGAAGCCUGCCUGCUUCCGCCUGCUAGACAAUGGCGAGUUCAAAUUGGCUGAAGCGCUUCGAGAGGACCUGCACCGCUCGCGGUGGAGAAUGCCUCGAAGUGGCCAAGAAAGCGUUGCCCUGCUACUUUUUGAAGGGUCUGGUGAUGAAGUGGAUCCUUGGAUGAGCCAAAUUGCCAGCUCGUGCAGCGGAACUUGGACGGGACCGGCGAUCGGGGAAGCUCUGUAUCAGAUGUACUUUGUCAUACCCUACGUGAGAGACUUUGGUAUGGACUACAGCAUCCUUUGUGAGUCCUUUGAGCUCUUGCUGCCCUGGAGCCGUAUCUCCGGUCUUGAGUGGCCCUCUGUUGUGGAGGCCACGGCGGCGAAGCACCAGGCCUUGCAAUUACCGGGCGUGGCAAAGCUUUGGAAAGGUCUGCUGCCCUCCACGGAAGGAGGCCUUUUGCGCCUCUCCAUCGCCACGUCUGUCGAAGGUUUCGAGUGGGCAGCUGCCUUGGAGGCCUUUCAGGGCCUUCAAGAUGCAGCUCGAAGAGUCCUGGAACAGCAGGCAGACCCAGGUUGGAAACAAGAUACAGGUGUGGCCCUAACGAGUCUGAAAGCUGCGCUGGAUCCACACCAUGUGCUGGGCUAG